AAAAAUCAGCUGGUCCCUGUUGUUUUGUUAUUAUUCGGUAAUUAACCUAUUAGAAAAAUAUGAAUUCACGCAAUUUAUUUCGUGUAAUAAAUAAACUGCCAUUUCAUUUUCAAAGAAGAUAUGGGUAUAAAGUAGUUAAACGCCCAGAUCCAAAUACUUUAAAAAUGCCGGUACCAGGAACAGCACCAAAACUCAUGGAAAUAAUAAGAGAGAAAAUAAAACUCAACGGACCUCUUACUGUCGCGGAGUACAUGCAUAUUGUAGCUACAAAUCCUACAGAAGGUUACUAUAUGAAAAAAGAAGUAAUAGGUGAAAUGGGUGAUUUUAUUACAUCACCAGAAAUCAGUCAGUUAUUUGGUGAGAUGGUAGCUAUAUGGUUUUUUUCUGAAACACAAAAAAUGGGUCCAGGCAAACCGCUUCAAAUUGUUGAACUAGGCCCAGGAAAGGGCACUUUGAUGUUUGAUAUUCUAAGGGUGUUGCAUCGUAUUGGAUAUAAAGCACAAGACCUUAGUUUGCACUUGGUGGAAAUCUCGGAGACAAUGCAGAAUAUUCAAGCCAGCAGACUGUGUAUAUCUCACAGGGCAACUGAUUUAAAACUACCCUACAAUUAUGAGGGAGAGACAGCAAGUGGUAUAAAGGUAUACUGGUACAAUGAUCUAAAGAAAGUGCCAAAUAAUUUCUCAUGGUAUAUAGCACAUGAGUUUUUUGAUGUCCUACCUGUCCAUAAAUUUGAAAAAACAGUAAAUGGUUGGAGAGAAAUUCUAAUAGACUUGGACUCAGCUGAUAAACUUCGUUAUAGAAUUUCGGCUGAGGAAACUAAGUCUGUUAAAACUCUCAUCAGGCCCCCGUUAGAUGCUGGAGAUAGAACAGAACUAGAGAUCAGUGCCCGAAGUCUAGGUAUUGCUCGUCAGCUAGCACAAAGAGUAGAUGAAUAUGGAGGCAUAGCUUUAAUAGCAGAUUAUGGACAUGAGGGAGAAAAGGGAGAUACAUUUAGGGCAUUCCACAAGCACAAAGUUGUGGACCCACUGGAGACUCCUGGAGCUAAUGACCUCACUGCUGAUGUGGAUUUUACUCAGCUUCGUAUAGCCGCGGCAAAGUCUCCAGGCGCCGAAAAUUACGCCAUCGUAUUAGGACCGGUUAAACAAAAGGACUUUUUGGAGAGAUCACAAGCGGAAAUCAGAUUACAGGUACUAACGGAUAACGCUAAAUCAGAAGAAGAUAAAGAAAUGUUAAAAAGCGCUUAUAAAAUGCUUGUGGACCCGGCAAAAAUGGGCGAAAGAUUUAAAUUUAUGGCCUUCUUCCCGUCUUCGAUGGAGCAAAUACUAGAAAAAUAUCCACCUCUUGGUUUCUCUACACCUAAACCGUGAUAUUAUUCCUAAGACAUAGUAUAAGUGUUUUACUAUACUGUACCUGUAAUAAGUAAUAUAAUUUAUUGUUAUGAAUGACAUUGUACAUAUUAUUUCAAAUAAAAAGUUCUUUUAUCCAAA